AUGGUCGGCGUUGGAGGCCGAAGCAAAGGGUGUCGCACCUGCCGACGUCGCAGAGUUAAAUGCGACGAAGAAAAGCCGCUCUGUCAUCGGUGUCAAAAAGGUGGCUUUGAAUGUGAGGGUUAUGUGGAGUUUGCCCAGUUUAUUGACGAGACAAGUCGCCUGAGAAAAAGGGCUGCGCGGAGGUUAGCCUUGCCAUCAAGCUGCUCAGACUCUUCUGAGACAGGAUUAGAGGCACCAGGACCAAAUAUCAAUUUCCUAUUGAGCGUUAACCCACCAUGGAGCGAGAAUGACAUUGUGAUUACUUACCUUUUCAACCGUGUCUUUAACUGGAAUGACGAUCCAGCAUCUCCACAUGAGACGCCAGCAUGGACCUCGAUACUCCUACGCCAAGACAACGAAACCGAGCUCUCAACGGCCUCGGUCCGUGCUUUAGCCAUGGUGUAUUUUGCCAAGGUCAACAAGCAACACCAGGUGAUGCGGAAAGGUGUAUCCUUCUAUGCCCAUGCUCUUCGAACAUUGCAGACCAAACUACAUUGCCAAGAUCAGGCAAUGGGCGACGAUGUCCUCGUGGCUAUCAUUUGCCUGGCUAUCUAUGAGUUGAUCACCCUUACCCAUCCCAGAGCUUGGCUUUCUCAUUAUCAAGGAUUGGCUAGACUGAUGUUGUUAAGGGGGCCCUAUCGACAUCAAUCUGGCAUUACAUUCGCUAUUAUGCCGACUCUCAGAUCAUGUAUUGCUAUUGGAUAUAUUAUAGAACGGAAACGAUGCUUCCUUGAAGAUCCUGCCUGGAAAACCAUACCGUGGGCUGAGCGAGGUCUUGGUUCAAAAACACCCACAGACUUGCUGCAAGACAUUAUGUGCGACAUCCCUGGCAUACUGCAAGACCAAAGCGAGGCAGUCUUGUGGCAUCCUGAUGACCCCCGCAAAGAAGAGUUCACAUCUGUGUUUAUCCCAAGAGUACUCUCAACCCUUGAAGUCCUGUACUCCUGGCGCUGGAAUUGGGAAUCGCAAUUCCCGAACUCGACAUUUAUCACCACACCCAUCGAAUACAUUUCUUCUGGCCCAAUAUCUCUACCUCCGAGUCCAUUCAAAUCUGUCAUCUGGUUCCAAGAUCCUCACCGCGCGGUCGAGCUCACCGUUUAUAAUGCAAUACUUCUCAUUCUCAUACGAGCUCUCCAGAUCGCAGGCGCUGAUCUGGAUAGCGUUCACCUUGAGGGCCUCAGUGGCCCACUCCUCCCCAUGCAGGGGGACAGAAAUGAUAUAGCAAUUGAGAUAUGUCGGAUGGUCGAUUAUCAUUUACACUGUUUGAGGAGUACUGGUGCAUUCAUGCUUUUAUUCCCUUUGAACGUUGCCUAUCUACAUCUAGAUCAGAAAUCUACCGAGGCCCGGUGUUGGUUGGAAAGGGUCAUCGCAGAUCUCGCCGACUCACAUGGAUUUGAGGUUGGGAGGUCGGAGAAUAUGCUGAGGAAACCCACUGAUGUGCGUGGUGGGAUUUGA